AAAUUCCUCUUCUUCGUACUGAAGAGCAGCGACGUCCUGGACGUGCUGGUCCCCUCCUCUACUUCCUCAACGACGCCCGGCGGACCAGUCCCUACUACUCGGGCGCGUGCCCAUGGACAUCCCCGUCUUCACGGCACGCACGCCGACCUGCUCAUCGUGGUGUUCCACAAGAUCAUCACCAGCGGCCACCAGCGGCUGCAGCCCCUCUUCGACUGCCUGCUCACCAUCGUGGUCAACGUGUCGCCCUACCUCAAGAGCCUGUCCAUGGUGACUGCCAACAAGCUGCCCCUGCUGGAGGCCUUCUCCACCACCUGGUUCCUUCUUCUUUCUUCCGCCGCCCAGAACCACCACCUGGUCUUCUUCCUGCUGGAGGUCUUCAACAACAUCAUCCAGUACCAGUUUGAUGGCAACUCCAACCUGGUCUACGCCAUCAUCCGCAAGCGCAGCGUCUUCCACCAGCUGGCCAACCUGCCCACCGACCUGCCCGCCAUCCACAAGGCCCUGCAGCGGCGCCGGCGCCCGCCCGAGCCCUUGUCCCGCGCCGGCUCGCAGGAGGGCGCCUCCAUGGAGGGCUCCCGGCCCGCGGCCCCCGCGGAGCCAGGCACUCUCAAGGCCAGCCUGGUGGCCACCCCAGGCAUCGACAAGCUGACGGAGAAGUCGCAGGUGUCAGAGGAUGGCACACUGCGGUCCCUGGAGCCUGAGCCCCAGCCCAGCGCCGUGGAUGGCAGCCCCGGCGAGGGGGUGGCCCGGCCAGGCCUGAGGGAGCAGCGGCGACCGUCUAGCGUGUCAGCCAGUGAUCAGUGGAGCCCGACGCCAGAGUGGGUGCUGUCCUGGAAGUCCAAGCUGCCGCUGCAGACCAUCAUGAGGCUGCUGCAGGUGCUGGUGCCCCAGGUGGAGAAGAUCUGCAUAGACAAGGGCCUGACGGACGAAUCGGAGAUCCUGCGGUUCCUGCAACACGGCACCCUGGUGGGGCUGCUGCCCGUGCCCCACCCCAUCCUCAUCCGCAAGUACCAGGCCAACUCGGGCACCGCCAUGUGGUUCCGCACCUACAUGUGGGGUGUCAUCUACCUGAGGAACGUGGACCCCCCAGUCUGGUAUGACACCGACGUGAAGCUGUUUGAGAUCCAGCGGGUGUGAGGACAGAGUCUGCAGGGGCUGGGCCGGGGGUGGCCGGGGUGGGUGCCCUGGUCCCCGAUGCUCCCCAAGAGUGCCGUUCUGGGGUUUGGAUGGCCACCAUCAGGACGGCUGCGGGCAGAGGGGCUGAAUCGGCCUCGAGGCGCCCUGGGGGCUGGGGACUGUGGCGACCGGCUCCGGCCCCUUCCCCACAUCGACUCCCAGGACUCCCGUCUCCAGGGCUAUAGGACCCACCCAAGGGUCCCCUCUCAAGACCUAUGUCUGUGCCCCUGUGCUGCCCACUCCAGAAGCCACUGUGCCCUAGUGGGGCUCGCAUGACGGGACCCAGGCAGGUGAGGGGCACUUCCCAGUCUGAAGCUGCCCGUGCCAGGCCUGCUGUCUGCCCGCACCCAGCAGGUGGAGAACCGAGUGUGGCUGGGCUGCUCACUGGGGACACCGGGGGACUCCGUGUGAUGGAGGGGCUUGGAGGGGUGGCAUGGAGGGUCUCUCU